UCAUGUUUGCCUACACCGUGUCUGGUAACUAAGUAUACUUUGUACGCUCAUCUGAUAACUCAAGGGCGCGUUAUUACAUACUGUAAAAGAGAAAGAAGAAAAAAAAAGCAAAUUCCUUUCUAUGCAGACAGCGUCAUAACGGACGCGAUAGUUUACAAAACGUGCGUCCAAUUGUUUGUUGGAAACAAUACCGAUUGCGCGAUCCUGUACAUGAACAGCAGUAGCGAGAUCGCUAAGCGUUUACAGGAGCUCGUCCAGCCGCACACGGCCACGCUCUUGGUUUUAAAAUCGUCGAUCGAAACACUCCUCCCGACAAUACUGAUCCUCUUUGUCGGUCCCUGGAGCGACACGAACGGCAGGAAGCCUCUUUUGCUCGUCCCCUUCAUCGGCUCAACGAUAUACUACGCUCUGUUUUCCGUGCUCAGCAACCUCGAGGUCGAUCCCCACUGGUUUCUGGCCGCGUCGACGAUAUCGUCUCUACUCGGCGGCUUCCCGGCGAUUUUGCUGACCUGCUUUUGUUACGUGUCGGACGUGACGAGCGAGCAGAGUCGAGCCUGGCGCCUGGGCUUCUUGGACUUUGUGCUGUUUGGUGGGCAGCUCGUCGGCUACCUCGUCAAUCCUCUAUUGUUCAAGCGCUUUGGCUACUGGCUUGUCUUUGCGACUUCGGCCUCCAGCUGCCUUCUCGGAUUGAUCUACUCGCGCUUCGUACUGGCAGAGACGAUAUACACGGGGACUGGUCGCUCUUUGAGGAGCUUAUUCGAUCCCAGGUUGAUCAGGGAUCUGUUUCGAGUCGUCGCGAGGAAGCGCGACAGUUUCGACAGGUGUCUCGUCUGGUGUUGUUUGCUCAUGAUCGCCUUGCACGACGACAUGAUGCAGGGUACGGCCACUAUACUUUACCUCUUUACUAAAAGGAUCGGCUGGAGCGUCACGGAUUUCGCCACGUACUCGGUGUUCCAGUUGCUCGUCACCAUGUGCGGCAUGCUGCUUCUCAUCAAAGUCAUAUCGCCUCUGCUGAAACUGCCGGAAACUGUGAGCAUCAUGAUGGCGAGUUUGUCAAACGGCGGUGGUUCGAUCGCGAAAGCUCUGACUUUCGAGUCUUGGCACUUGUAUCUGUCGACCGUCGUUGGGAUGUUCAGCCUUGCCCCGGCUUCGCUCGUUCGCAGCAUCAUAUCGAAAAACGUCCAGCCUCAUGAAGUUGGCAAAGCAUUCGCUGUGACAACGGCGAUGGAAAAAAUCGGCCCGUUCAUGACGACUCCGAUCUUCGUUUAUUUGCACACGAAUUUUCUUACCACGUAUCCAUGCCCUGUGUGGUUCUUGCCCGCGGGAUUGAGUUUGUUGAUUGUGGUGCUUGCGUUUGUCAUAUUUUUUUUUACAAGUUUCUUAAAAGCAAUAAUGGCUACUACAGAGGGGAUCGAUUGGUGUCAGUUUGCCAUGCUACCACUGGCUUUUGCACUGAUGUCUUCUUAUUCCAUAUCAGAUAGUGUCACGACGGAUUUGGUGAUUUACCGAACAUGCAAAAUAAUCCCAGAUGUGAACAAUAAUAGAUGCGAUGUUUUACACAUGAAUAGCAGUAGCAAGGAAGCAAUGUCAAUUGAAAAAUUGGUUCAACCACACACUGCCAAUGUUUUCAUGUUGAAAUCGUGCAUUGAAACGAUAUUUCCAACAAUAAUGUCCCUCUUUCUUGGCCCAUGGAGUGACAAACACGGAAGAAAGCCAUUGCUGUUUUUUCCAUUUCUUGGUUAUUUAUUUUAUUAUGUCUCCAUGGCAUGCUUAAGCAAUUUAGAUAUUAGUCCCUACUGGCUUCUGUUACCUUCUAUACCACCAGCACUUUUGGGUGGGUUUCCUGCUAUUUUACUCACGUUUUUUUGCUACAUAACUGAUGUUACCAAUAAAGAAAAUCGAGCUUGGAAUUUGGCGUGUUUGGAUACCACAUAUGUUUUUGGAAUUUUAGUAGGACUAUUAUUGGGUCCAGUUAUAAUGAGAAAUUUCGGUUACAUGGCUGUAUUUCUGUCAUCAGCAAUUUUUUCCUUGUUUUCGAUAAUAUAUACAUUUGUUUCUGUCAAAGAAACAGUUAAAAAUGAAACUGAGCGAAAUCUGAGGAGUAUUUUCAACAUCUCAUUAGUUAAGGAGUUGUUUGAUGCUAUAGCGAAAAAAAGAGAUGGAUUUGAUAGAUUUUUGAUAUGGAUCUGUAUAUUGACAAUUGGCCUGUUUGUUGUCGUAAUUGAAGGAAAUGCCUCAGUAUCCUUUCUUUUCACAAGUUCGAAAUUGGGUUGGAAUAUCUCAGAUCAAUCCAUCUACGUAGCAACUCAAUUACUAAUAUCCAUAUGUGGAAUGCAAUUUCUAAUCAAAGUAGUUGGAUCAUUUCUGAAAUUACCGGAAACUAUGAUAGUUGUUCUGGCAGGUUUAUCCAAUAGUGCAAGCAACUUGGUACGAGCUUUUGCAAGAAAACCAUGGCACAUGUAUUUUUCUUCUGGUCUAGGAAUGUUCACUUCAUCAGCUAUUCCAAUAAUCAGAGCUAUCAUUUCAAAAUCGGUUCCUCAAAAAGAUUUGGGAAAAAUUUUUUCUAUAACGACUGUAAUGGAAAUGAUAGUGCCGUUUGCAACAACACCAAUUUAUUUAUUCGUUUAUAGCCAUACCCUGACAUUGUACCCUUGUCCAGUGUGGUUUAUAUCAGCAGUAUUACCUUUCUUAAUUAUUAUUUUUGUAAUAAUUAUUGAACAUAGAUGGAGGAGACUGAUAAACACCCAAUACACUCCGUUUACUGCAAUCGAAAAUGAAUAAGUAUCGAAGAUUUUUAUCACUACUCUUAAGCUACUUUAAUUAACUAUAACGAUAUUUUAUAAAAAUUA